AUGCCAAAAGAUAAUCUGCUUUUCAAGCUUGAUAACCUGGAAUAUCAAUAUCAUUAUGCCAAUGGCGAUCUAUCCAGCUUCCGGCCCAGAUUAGGCGGGAUAGCAAAGUUGUACAAUGCUAAGGGAAAGAAAAGUUCGAAAAGAGUCACCAAAUUACUCUCUAACAUAAACUUAGAGCAGGUGGCUCAGCAACUGGAUGCACUGCGCUUGCAAAUCUUCAAUAAUAAGGUUUAUUAUCUGGAAAAAAAUUUAAGAUCCCUUCUUGUGAAGAAUUUAAACCAAUACCGCCCCAAGAAAAAUGCUAAGAACGAUUUUACACCUCUUAUUGCGAAAAUACGAGACGAAUACGGGAUUGAGCAUUUUGCUGAACUUGUUUGCAAAUCCAAGACAAUAAAAGUCUCAAUUGCGAAGGUGGUUCCUUCGAAGAAGGUUUCUGUGCCCAACUGGUUUGCCAAUCAUGAGUUUUGGAAGGUCCACAACGAUAAAAAAAAUGCAUUCAAUCCCAGCAGAGUAUGGAACGAGGUACUGAUGCCAAACAAAUUUGACCAGCUAGUGAGCACUACCAUGAAUAAUGAGAAGUGUCGAACGCUCUUUUCAUCUUUUGAUUCUGGAAUGAACGUAUUUCUUGGCAUUAACCGACAAAUGGAGUCUAAGAAGGAGGACAACAGCGUAGAGAAGGACCAAGAGGUCGUUACUGAUGCGAGCGAAACAACCGAUACGCAAGGCGAAAAUGAAGACCCUGGCGAUGUUGUUGAACUCGGUGAAGAUUUGUUGAAGCAAUACGAUGGAUUGCUGGGCGACUCAGAUGAAGAAGAGGAUGAUUUCGAAGCCGCCACAUUAAAUCCUGACGUUAAUUACAAUGAGAUGACGGAUGAAGAACCAGAUCACGAGGACGACGAUGCUGACAUCGAAGCUGAGGGCGGCGUCUUCGACAGCGAUAAUGAAUCAGAUCAGAAUAGAGGCAGGGCCAGAUUGCCAGAGCUAAUGGCUGGUUAUUACAGUGGCGGCGACUCAGAUGAGGAUGAUGACCGAGUUGAUGACAAAGUGGCAAGAGAGCAGAUCUCAACAAAGGAAAAGAGGAAAAAUAGGCGUGGUCAACGUGCUAGAAGAAAGAUCUGGGAAAAGAAGUAUGGCAGACAAGCGAAACAUAUUCAAAGAGAAAUCGAAAAGGAACAUCAAGAGAGAAAGAGGCGACUGGAGGAAUAUGAAGAAAGAGUAGCAAAACGUGCUGCUAAAGCCAAGAAGCUGGAAACCCAGACGGCAGAACCCACUCAUGUGAACCAGACCAAAGCAAUUCGUGAGAGAGAAAAGACUGAACAUCCAUCCUGGAUUGCUAAACGAGAGGCAGAGCAGAAAUUGAAGAACACCAAAUUCCAGGGAAGGAAAAUUACGUUCGAUUAA